AUGUCGACAGACGCAACAAAAUCCGUCACUUCAAAAGUCACAAAAACACCAAAUGCAGAUCUUCCAAAAUCGACUCAAACAGAACCCGCCUCGUAUUUUAUUAAUCUUCGAGGCUUUGACAAAUCGACCACCGACGACGUCGUCAAAUCUCUGUGUGAUGAAUUCCACCCGUUGUGUUAUGACAUCCAACACUUUGACAAAGAUGUCAAGUUCAACACUUACUUGAUUGAAACUGAAUCUCCCGAAGCUGCACAAACACUAGUUGAACGCCGAAAUAAGAAGUCGUGGAAACAUCACACCCUCUCCCUUUCAGUUGAACCUUCCGACACGACAAAACGGUUUGUGAAAGCCCAAGGACUACCUCCACGUGUGACUGAUGAGAUGUUGAAUGAUUAUUUCAAGAACCUUGGUGUUAAAAGUAUUAAGAAGAAUGAGGCCAAAGUCGGAGAAUUGAAGGGGAACGUGUACUUGGGCUUUAAAGACUUGGAAACUGCAAAGAACGUGAUGAUUAGCAUCGCAAAGAAGUUGGAGAGUAUGGGUGUCCGCGCGUCAUGUUGUAAUAAAAAUAAGAACGAACUUGGACUCUGCUUCAUUUGCGGAGAGUUCGGACACCCCGCGUUUAGAUGCCCUUUGAAAAAAUCAGAGGAAAUGAAAAUCGAGAAAAAGGAACAGAAGAAAGUCGUCGAACAAAAACCAUUUGAAAGAGAAAAGAAACAACCAAAGAAGAAGAGAGAAGGAAAAAGUCAGAAAAAGACUGGAAUGGAUGAAUGA